AACCCGACUGACAAGAAAGGAUAGUCGGGGGUAAUACGUUGAGGUGGUUAGUUAGGUUGUAGGGUUUUACCUCGUAGGCGUCUACACCUAACACAAUUAUUUACACCACGCCAUGCGAGGUGACGUCCGUUCACUGGCCAAACUGUUUCUCUUACGGUUGAAAAUAACAAAAGAGGACCAGCGUGCAUAUUGACGAGAUUUCUCUUUCGAAGUUAAGCCUUGUUAGUCUAUGCGAUGCAUGAAGUAAAAUGGGGUGUUUUUUAUCAAAAGAGUAAAAAUCUGUGGCAUCUAAGCGCCCUCCAACACGCAUUAUCUUAUUAUCUAGAAAUGGGGACAAACACAAUAUUUUGCUUUUACUGCUUAAUGGCUUAUUAUUACUUAAAAGUUAUUCAUAUUAGUCUGAAAAAGAUUGGCCUUGAGCAAUAAUGCAUAACGAAUGCCACGCAAUUCAUCAGCUGUUAAUAUGCCAUUACGCUUGAUGCUAUUUUUGGUGUUGAAUAUGAAUCUUUGUACAUAAGCAAACGAUCUAAUGGAUCUAUUACACGAAGAGAACCUUUCGAUAUCAACUAUUGGUUCACUUAUUACUGUGGCAUGCACUUUCAGUUCAGGCAGAGGUUCGGAAUCUUUAACUUUUAAGACAGGCCAAUCGUUUUCAUUUUUGAGCAGAAAGUUGGGACCUGACUACCAAAAAUCCAACGACAUUAUGUUUUUUGAGUCAACACCUCGCGAAAUGAAAUCUGCGGGAUUUAAAUCUGUAGUAACGUACCUACAGGAUUGCGGCAAAGUAAGUUCUACUAUUUCACCAAUACGAUUGGCAACAAACGUUUUCAGUCUACUUAUAUCACCCUUGGUCCAUCCCAAGACUACGCUUGUCACACCAGUGCACUAUUAUAUCUGGCUUAUAUCUGAGGGACUCUAACACGGACUGCGAGAGAUUGGCGGCGACCAGCGCAGCGCAUAAUUCAAGUCUCGGAAUGCUGGUGAAUUUAAGGGGUGCUAUUUUUGAUUUUGCACAUAAGAACUUGACAGUAACAUCCUCAUUCGGGCCUAUCGACUUAAAAUAAUUGCAUGCCCUAUACGCAGAUUGAGACGCGUCACUGAAGGAAUGAAUUUUUAUACGCUUAGGCGAAUCGCCUAGCACCUAUGUUGAAAUUAGACAGAUUAUUUAAAUUUUCGUAAUUUAAAUUUAAACCCCUCAUUUUUCAUCUCUGAUGGGACUGGCGAAUCCCAAUCGAAUUUUUUCUCCCACAGGUUUUGAAGCAUAAUCUUAGGUAUAACAAUAACUGGGCUCAGAACACCUAACGGUCGAAUAUUUCGAUUUUAAUGUAUGGAGGGGGAGAGAGGGGGAGAAGUAAGUUACGUUCUGGAUAGCGUUUAUGUCAGUACCGAACUCGUGGUAGCCACACAUAUCAGUUUUAGGUAUUUAGAAGAAAUGUCUACGAAAAUCGUGAAGGAAACGACUUUUGGUUAAUUUGCCUAUACACUGUUAUGAUUAAGUAUACUCUUACAUUUAGUGUUCAAGAAUGUAUUAAUGACUGAUUAGUAAAGGAGUAGAAAAAACUUUUUGUUUGUUUAGGUACCUAUUUAAAUAAUUAGGUUGAUAUGUUUCAGGGAAAAAUAUUGGCUCUGUCGAAUGGUAAAGAGUUGCUCAGACUCCAAAUGAACAACCCGUGUGAACAUCUGUUCGUCAGACCAUUAUUAGAGAAAAUGUAUAAGAUUUCAAAAAACUGCAUGAUCUCGAAGGGCAACUACAAUUUGAAAAUAAACGUUGAGGAAAUGGUAGACGAUUACUUCGGUGGAAAGUUUUUCUACGGGAAUAUGUCUUUCAAAACUAUAUUCUACGCAAACGAUUGCAACUUUUGCUGUAGUAAUCUCUUCCUAACUAUUGUUCCUAAAAACUAGACUCUGAGGGAUUGGCUAUUAAUCAUGAUUCAUGAUAGGCGAAAAAAUAGAGAUUUAAACAAAAUAGCAGUCAUUGUAACUUCUAUACUUCUUGUGUAUUUUUUUUAUGGAACCUACUGCACUAGAAUUUAUACCUAUUUAUCUGAAAUCAAUAUUGUUAAUUUGUAACACAGCAUCUUGGUGAAGACCUUUAUACUUCUAGUAGUUUAAAGUCCUCGUCAACGCUCUGGUUUCAUGACAAACUCUUUAAACCUUCAGGGACCUUUCCUCUGCAGAGCAAAUCCUUCUGGAUACGCAAACUACGUAAGCCAGUCAGUAUACCUGCAUAUCAAGAGCGGCGAGUCAAAAAUAUUCCUAGGGAAGCCAGAGCUAGUUUGACUUUUCUCUCAUAAACCGUAAAAAAGUACUCAACUGGUCGAGAAUUAGGCAUCUGCUAUGGGUGCUCCUCUACGUUUGCAUAUUUUGCAUAUUUAUACGUGUAUAUCAAUAAAUAUAAUGAUUGUAA